AUGAGAUGUAAGAGUUGUCAGAUUUUGGGACACACAGCAAAGAGAUGUAAUAAUAGCAAACAAUGUGAAGUUUGCAGCCUACCACCUCAUGAACCCACCGAAUGCACUCGAACUAUGUGUGCCAAUUGCUCUGAAGCCCACCCUUCUUCAUCCAAAACCUGUCCAAAAUAUCUCCAAAACAAAAAGAUCUUAACAAUCAAAACCAGAAACAAGUGCAGUAUGGGAGAAGCUAAACGCACUUAUAGUCAAAUGUUCCCAACUCAACCAAUCUUAAGAACCCAAACGUACUCAUUAAGAGCCAGAGAAAGUCUCAAGAUUUCUGAAAAAACUCUUCCGUCUAUAGAAACUCAUAAUCUAGAUGCUAAUAAAGCAAAAGACAAUCACAAUAUUAAUACAUCCACCAACAACUACAAAACAACCGUCCAAAGAAAUUCAUCCCCAAAACCACCAAAAAUGCCUACAUCCGAGGCACUAGCCUCCGCUUCCCCACUACCUAUAAAUCUACCGAUUAUCCAGAAACAACCACACCGUCCACUGCCACCAACACCCAAAACUAUUUCAAUACUUAACCAAACAAACCAACCCCCAGAAACAAGCACCACACAAAAUUCUUCAAUUUCAAUUAUAUCAAACAAUUUAAUACAAAAAGAAUCAUAUUUUAUAUCUACAUCAGAUACAGAUGACAAUGAAUAA